AGCCCCCGUUUUGCUUUUCGCGUGAGUUCACAUCUUUCUCGCACGGGACGCAGUCUGGGCGCUUCCUCCCCCUUCUGUGUGUGUCUUGUACUCGGACUUACGGCCCUGCCCUGUCCAAGCCCGCUCCCCCUCCCUUCACACUUUGACCAGACCACGUGAUUGUCCGUCAUCAUGUCCGAGAAGCCGGAACUGCCCGCUGGAUACCUGGGUAGUCAGCCCAAGUUUGGUGAGCUGGGUCUCCAGACCCUCUCCCACGACAGCCCGGAGUUCUCAGUGGACAAUAAUGGAGAGCUGGAGAUCAAAUUCAAGGCGCCAAGACCUGUUAAGGUUACAACUAACUUGAUCAACUGCAAGACAGACCAGGAAGUCACCGAAUUCGUCUUCACACAAACCAAAGAUAAGGAGCUCCACUUUGUGUUAGUUUUCCCCGAGGCAGGCUACUUCAAGUUUCAAAUCUUCGCCCUGGACGCCUCGGACGAGAGCAAAUCCCUGCCCAACGUCUACAAUUACCUGAUCAAUGUCAAGGACGCAUUGAAGGCGGCCUACCCUUUCCCCAAGCAGUACGCCCAAUGGAAAGACGGCUGCUACCUCUACUCUCCUUUGGUUCUCAACGCCAAGACCAGCCUGGCCAAAGUGGAUUUCAAAGUCUUCAUCCCCAACGCUAAAGCUGUGGCCGUCGUGGCCGCCGGGGAGUGGUUCCACCUGACCAAGAAAGGGGACAACUGGGAAGGUACUGCCGCCCUGAGCAAGCACCGAGGAAAGGAUGUCAAAGUGACCUUAAACGCCAACUACGGCGCAGACGAAUCCAAGUACGCCACACUUCUAGAGUACAUCAUUUAAGCGGCCCAUCGAUCACCUAGAAAAUUUAAAUAUUUAAAUUUAAAAAAGGUCACCAUUGCAAUAGUUCUGUUUGUCUCACAUCAGGGCAUUGUUCAGCAUUGAUCAUAAAGGCGAACAUACUUUUAUGCACCUCUCUUCUAUCUCAAUUUUUUAUUUAUUUAUUUAUUUAUAUUAUUUUUCUCUCUCUCUCUAUGUUCCCUUCGAAGAUCACCAGGGAAUAUAUUACAAGCCAAAGUUAUUUUAUUGCAUUUUGCACAUGUUCUGUUUGAAAUCUGUUUGAACUUGAAAGUUUUGGCCUGUUCAAAUUAUUUCAGCCAAAAACCUGGCCAGUUUCGAUAUUUGUUUACAUUGGACCGUUUAAAUUUCUGUUCAAACAGAGGAUCUGCUUCUUGUGUUCUUUCGUUCUACAUUAUUUUACAUGUCCAGACUGUAUUUUUUUUUGUUAAAUUGUAUGCAGUUAUCUUGUAAGAAUGCGCUUGUUUGGCUGAGCUAGAGAAAGAAUGACUUAGCUGACUGAAUUUGACUUUUAAAGUAAUUUAGAUAAAUGACAGUAGAAUUGAUUUUCAGCGAUAGAGAACUAUAUUUCUUGAAAGUGACUGGAGACUGAUUGAGACGCUGUGCGUUCUUCAACUACAAAGAAAUGUCUGCUCGGGUGUAUGAAUACAUUGGUAUUUUAUUCUCUAUUUACACUGAUCAAUGUGUUUUGUACUUUUCUUACUUUGUUUUAAAAAAAGGCAAAAAAAUAAAUAAAUGUGCUUUGCUCAUGGAC